GCUGCUGAUGCGUGUGCCCCUCGUCCCUUGCAGGUGAUAAGCGCCCUGCAGUCCAAGCACCGCUACGGGGAGGAAGAGGCGCGCGCUGUGUGCGAUAAGGUCCAGGCCAAGCUUCUCAAGGAGUGCCACGAUCCCGCCAAGAUGUGCAUCACGGACCUGCGGAUUUCGCACUGGGAGGAGGCGAUCCAGGAGACCAUCGGCGGCGAGGCGAACCGAGACCUGGCGGCCGAGUGCUACUACCUGUGGAAAAGCACCCGCCUGCAGCACCUGACGCUGGCCGAGGACACGCGGGCCAUGCUCACCGAGCUGCGGAAAGGAGUGCGGCUGCUGCUCCUGACCAACGGCGACAGGCAGACGCAGAGGGAGAAGAUCGAGGCGUGCGCCUGCCAGCCCUACUUCGAUGCCAUCGUGGUGGGGGGAGAGCAGAAGGAAGAAAAACCGGCUCCAUCCAUAUUUCAUUACUGCUGCGAUCUGCUGGGGGUGCAGCCCGCGGAGUGUGUUAUGGUUGGUGACUCUCUAGAUACAGAUAUCCAAGGAGGCCUGAAUGCUGGCUUGAAAGCAACGGUCUGGUUAAACAAAGCAAUGACUACCCCAGUAGAUACCUCCCCAGUACCUCAUUAUAUUAUUUCUUCUGUUCUGGAUCUUCCAGCAGUUUUACAGAAGAUGGAGCACGCGAUUAAUGCUAAGUUAGGAACUGACCAUAUAGCUGGUAGCAAUGAAGCACAUUGA